GCGGAAAUCCAGUGUGCGAUGAGAAGCCAACUCAAACGGAAAUAAGUCUGCAGUAAUUCGGCGUCGCAAGCGUGGCAAUUGUGAGCUCGAACAAAAACAAAAACACCAGAAACGCAGCAAAAAGGACGCGAGACGAAGGACGAAGGAGAUGCAGGCAGCCGAGCGAGGCAGUCGUGUGAAAAUUGUUGUAUCGAAAGUGCAUAAAAUGUGGCCCACAAACAAUUAGCGGAAUAAGCAGAGCACGAAGAACAAAACAAAAAGUCCGACUAACUAGAAAGCAAACAGGAUGUCAAGGACUUGAGCACGAGCGCGAGGGGGAGCACGAGCGCGGGCGAGACUAUCAACAGGACUUAGGGCGCAUCAGGACACGCAGCAAGUGACGCCAAGAUGCGUGCCUACUACACGGCAAAGGAUAUGCGAAAAUACGGCGAUUUGAGCUAUGAGAGCAAGUAUCUGCUGGAUCCGAAGUUUAUGACCAAGAGGGAUCUGCAGCAGUACUAUCGCUACUACAACAUGAACAAGAACCGUGGACAAUUCAAAAAGGUUGUGAUUGUGAUCUUCGCCCUCUGCGUGUUUUCCUACCUGUGUGUGGACUACAAUCUGAGGACGAAACUACUACGUUUCCGUGAUGGAUUCGACUUUAUGGCCCGCAUCGAGGACCACUAUGGAGGAAAUGUGACAACGGCCUAUUUCGUUGACACGACGGGCUGCCGGAUGCCGCACUUCGAGGUCACCGACGACACCAUUGCCCAGUUCAUUUUCAAGCCGCGUCCGUACAGCUGCAACAGAGCUCUAAUCCGGACCAGCGACACGAUUCCCGGACAGCUGCACCUCAAUCUGGAGGCCAGUGAGCUGCUAGCAUUCUACAACAUCAGUGACCUGUCCACCGUCAAUUGCAACUAUACGGAGGUUAAGCGCAAAACCGAUUCUAGUAACUCCCACAGUCCGGCAAUGAGUUUCAAGCUGGACAAAGUAAUGAAACUGCCUCUCAGCUCGGAGUUCAUUUGCAUGUGGUGCUAUGAUACUUUGGACAAACUCUUCUACAAGGACUGCCAUUUUUUUGCAGUCGAUAAGCCAAGGAUUAGGCCCCCACUUAAAACUGGAACCGAAAGGGUGAGCUUCAACAAGAGCAAGGAGGAGCAGGAACGGGUAUCCGUUAUGAUACUCGGCAUGGAUAGCCUGUCGCAUCUAAAUUUCCUGCGCCAGAUGCGCCGCACAGCGAACUACGUCCGUAAGCAUCUGUCCCACGUGGAAUUUUGGGGCUACAACAAGGUGGGCGACAAUACGUUUCCCAAUGUCGUGCCCCUCCUAAGUGGCCUGGAUGACCAGGAACUGAAUCUGGCCUGUACGCCGAAGACAUUGCGAUCCUAUGAUAGAUGCUCAUUCAUUUGGAAACGCUACCAGCAACUGGGUUAUCACUCCAUUUUCGCCGAGGAUGUGGCAAUGCUCUCGGCAUUCAACUACAAUCAAAAUGGGUUCCGAAAGCAGCCAACGGAUUACUAUCUGCGACCCAUGAUCAUGGAAAUGGAAAGGACUGUGGCUUUCAAGAAGGACCUCAACAUGCACUUGUGCAUGGGCAGCCGGAGGACGGCGGAUGUGCUGCUCGAGUAUAUGAAGAAACUGGUGCCACGGCUGAGCAGGGAUCUUUACUUUUCAUUUUUCUGGACGGUGGCCCUAACCCAUGACUACUUUAAUUUUCCUUCACUGCUGGAUGAGGCCAUGUUGCAACAGUUGAUGCAGCUGCAAGAUUCGGGAGUGCUCAAUCGCACGGUGGUUAUGUUGCUAUCCGAUCACGGACUGAGAUGGGGUUCCUUUCGUCGUACCUACCAGGGCAUGAUGGAGGAGCGCCAGCCCCUAAUGAUGCUUUUGUAUCCGCCAUGGAUGAACGAACGUUAUCCGGAGGCCAUUGCCAAUCUUAAGUUAAAUGCCCGCCGGCUAACCACACCAUUUGAUGUGCACGCUACGAUGUUGCAGCUCCUGAAUCUUCACAAUCUGGAGGCGGAUCAGUUGCAACGCAGAUCCGCUGAGAUGGACGAGCCGGAUAGCACGCUGCCCAGAGGCAUCAGCCUAUUCCUGCCCAUCCCGGCUGCUCGGACCUGCGAGCAGGCGGGGAUUGCCGCCCACUGGUGCACCUGCCACCAGCGCCAGGAGCUGCAGACGAACGAUCCACGUGUCCAGCGGGCGGCGCGUUAUCUGGUACGCCUGAUUAACAACCGACUGAAGGAUAGCUCCCAGUGCAGGACCCUAUACCUGAACUCCAUACUCCAGGCUCUGAUUGCGGCCCCCCACUCGAAGAUUGUGAAGAACAUUUCCACGGACUACGCUGUGGACAUCACCCUGCGACUGCAGACAAAGCCCGGACUGGGUGUGUUUGAGUCCACGGUGCGGAUGACGGGCUAUACGACCGUACUUACGGGCACCAUUAGCCGACUGAAUCUGUAUGGAAGCCAGAGCUACUGUCUCAACGAUCCGGCGCUAAAGAUGUUCUGCUAUUGCCACAGAUAAGGUGGCAAUAUAACUGGGAGCUUUCGGGGAUGGGGAGGAUGUGUUUAACGUCAAAGACUUGAAACCCAUUAACGUAGCCUUAGUUAUAAAACCUAGUUUAUUUCUAUGAAA